AUGGCUCCUCCGCAGGGGCAGGCCUCAUAUAAGAAGCACCCAGGCAUCCUAUCAAUCUCUAAAGACAGGAAAUCCGUGUCAUGGACUCCAGCCCAGCCACCAGAUGCGGCUCCAACUCUGGUGCUCUCUGCUGCGAAUAUCACAAACCUGCAACAGACCCCUGAAUCGAAUCCCAAGGUGAUGCUGAAGAUAUUUGCGCAGGAUCCCGGACAGUCUGAAGCUGUUGCUCAUGUCUUCACGUUUACGUCUUCCAAAGAUCCACGGGGUGAGGCCAACGGCAUCAAAGAGGCUCUCGCCAAUGUCAUUCAAGCGCAGAAGGCGGCUCAAAAUGCCGCGGCAGUCUCCUCAGGAGGCCAGUCGGCUGCCAUGACCAUGGCCAAUGCUAUUUCCGGUUCUGGUCGGGCAAUCAAUCUUUGGGAAGACGACGAGCGGCUCAAAUCCGACGUAAAGCUUCAGCAGUCCUUGAUGCAAGAAGAUCCCGUGUUACAGAAGACAUUCAAGGAAGCACUCAGUCUAAAGCCUGAGUCAAUAUCUGACGCACAGUUUAGAGCACAAUUUUGGUCCUCCCGUGUGCAUCUCCUCCGAGCACAUGCACUCUCGAAGAGUCAAGGAAAAGGCAGCUUCAACGUUCUGGCCGGAAUCAAAAAGGAUGAUGGUGGGAGAAUGAGUCUUAGACAAGAUCAGAUUCGUGCUAUCUUUGAACAAUACCCCGUCAUGCGCAUCGUCUACGAUGAACUUGUACCCCGCAAGAUCCCUGACGAUAAAGAUUUCUGGUCGAGAUUUUUCCAGAGCCAGCUACUCAUGAAACUUCGAGGACUCAAAUUUGACCCAACGAGGGAAUCCCGUGACCAAUACAUCGAUGUCGACUAUUAUUUGAAUCAUCCUCUUGUCACUGGUCUCCGACCUACUGCGACUGAAAUGCAUAUUCCCAAGUUUAUCGAUCUAGAAGGAAACGAGGAGAAUCACUUCGGCUACGGAAAUCGACCUGAUAGUGAGCUGCGACCGACCACGCUGGAUAAGGCGCCCAUAAUCCGAAAACUCAACGCGAUAAGCGAGAAGCUCAUGGCGGCUGUCAAGCCCUCUGAUGUUGAUGCAUCUGCCCCCAUCGGGAUGACCGAGGCCACGUACGAACAGCUUAAGCUGCGCGAUCUGGAAGGUACUCCGGAACAGCAACGCAUCGUGCUCAACAUCCGUGAUCAAAGUCGCUUCUUCUCCGACAGCCAGGCCGCCCAAGCUGGUGCAAAUUCUGUAGUUGAUAGCGAUCCUUUUCGAAAUCUCGAUCCUGACAAAGCCAUCAAAGGCGUGCACGCCGACCUCACCGCGCAUUUCUCCCAACCCGGCGUUGGUGUCAUCCCCAUCGGCGAAUUCGAGGAGGACGAAGACGAUGAAAUGGAUGACGAGUCUUCUCCAAGAGUGGAAAGUGGUUCCUCGAUUGCGAUGAAACAUGUGCUCUCUCUCAUCCAAGCUCAUCGUGACCAGACUUCCCCCAUACCAGAGGCCUCCGGGCUCAGUACCGCAAUCUACGACCGACUCAGCCUCACUCAUGCCACCACAGUUGAGUUUCUACGACAGUUCUGGAACGCCUUUUUGUCCGGAGACCCCUCUCGCGCCCACGAGGUGGCCAGUCUAGUCGAAAGCCUCCACCGCGCACAUGAGCGCAUCAACGCCAUCGCAGAGGAUGCGGAUAAGGAAAGACAAGAGAUCAUCCGAGCAAAGGAGAGAGAGCUAAACGAACGAAAUGAUAGAGCUGGCAAAAGACACAAAGUCCAUCACAAUGCCAUCAAAGGCGGACGACAUGUCGUCAGACAGCUGACGGGACCUAUAUCGAAAAGUUUGGAUGUCGCGAUGAAGAUGUACAAGCAGGCUCUGGAGGAUCAAGCUAAGAAUUCGGGCGAGGGAUGA